AUGAAAAUCACGUUCCAGACCCCACCCAAGUAUCUGGACGAGAAGAUGAUCUACAACGUGCUGCGUGACUAUAAGAUCCUGAACUGCGAGGUUCUGGUGCGAGAUGAAUACGCAACAAUCGACGACUUCAUUGACGUGAUCAUGAAAGACCAUAGAAAGUACAUUCGAUGCCUCUACGUAUACAACAAGAUCGACAGCGUCAGUCUCGACUUCCUGGACCAACUAGCCCGCGAACCGUACACAGCUGUGAUGAGUUGCGAACUGGACCUGGGCGUACAAGAGGUCGUUGAUCGAGUGUGGAAGGAACUGCGGUUGGUCCGGAUUUACACGAAACGAAAAGGCGAAGAGCCCGAUUUCUCGGAAGCCCUGAUCGUGCGAUACCAAUCGACCAUCGAAGACGUGUGCGACCAGGUGCACCGCACGCUGAAGGAGACGUUCAAGUAUGCGAUGGUGUGGGGAGCGAGCGCGAGACAUGUUCCGCAACGGGUGGGAUUGUCGCAUGUUAUUGCUGAUGAGGAUGUGGUUUCGAUUGUUGCGAAAUAG